AUGGUUAGCAGUACCAUAAACAGGAAGGCGAAAAAAGUGCUUUUGGCGACAGCAAUCGUUAUGGCCGAGGACGAUUUUGGAAACCAAUUCCCGGGAAGAGCACUCCUAGAUUCUGGUUCAGAGUGUAACAUUAUUUCCGCUCAUCUUUCACAGAAACUACGUGUGAAACGAGUAAAAUCAAAUGUACAAAUAUCCGGUGUCGGACAAGUCUCAGCCAGUACAUCAGAGAAAAUUCAAGCUACAGUGAAAUCAAGGUUAACCGACUACAGAGAAACCAUGGAAUUUUAUGUUUUAUCCAGGGUAACUGAGGAUUUGCCAACCACCACCAUUGAUAUCAACUGUGAUUUACCGGUAGGCGUGCAAUUAGCCGAUCCUGAAUUCUUCAAAACUAAUUCGAUUGAUUUACUUCUUGGAGGUGAAUUUUUCUUCAGCUUUUUCCCAUCAAAGCAACGGAUGCCCCUGGGAAAUCACUUACCGACACUCAUUGAUUCGGUGUUUGGUUGGGUGGUCACUGGACGAUGUGGUUGGGAUAAUGGAAAGUCUCCUAUCGUUUGCCAACACUCGACGAUAUCGGAGUCACUGGAAAGACUGAUGCAACGAUUCUGGGAAUGCGAGAAUGAAGGUUCGCAAUCAAACUACUCUCUGGAGGAAUCCCAAUGUGAAGAGUAUUUUUUAAGAACAGUGAAGCGAGGUCAGGAUGGUCGCUACACAGUUGGUUUGCCAAAAGCCACGGAAAACUUUGCAAGGUUGGGUGAUAUGAAGGUGACUGCACAUCGUCGUUUGAUGCUUCUGGAACGAAGACUAACCCGCGACAAUAAUUUGAAGUUGGAGUACCAUACAUUCAUGUCCGAUUACAUGGAACGAGGUCACAUGAGGAAGGUUUCAGAAACAUCAGUGGAACCUAUCACUACCUACUAUCUCCCACAUCACCCAGUGAACCCGGCAGACCAUCUGUCCCGGGGAUUACUAGCGUAA